CCAGCGAUCGGGUCGAGGGUAUGCAUUCCUGCAGCGGAGCAACCAUCGUAGACAUGGCGUCCGUCGGCGAUUGAAUGACGGCGGAUCUACUCGUUGGGUCGCGUUGACUUCAUUCCGGCCGCCCUGCACGAUGAAGAUGUAGUUGGCCAGGAUCCGCCAGGACUGGGCGGAGUCGUCACCCCCGCAACCGACGUCGGGCUAUGGGCGCGCAGCAUGGCAAGGAAAACCGUGGAAGCGCGUCAUCCGUUGGAAGUAGUAGUCACGGGAACAAGCUGACAAAACAUGGCCAGAAACAAAAGGCGAAGGACAUCAGGCUUUCCUCUGUGUCGGCGAACAUAUUCACCGAGCACAGCGAGGCGCUCUUGCAGAGCCGUCCCUUGCCAGAGAUUCCAGAUGGGGAUGACCCUGGGUCAUUUCGAGGAUUUCUGGCUGAAGGAGCCUCCCGCUGGAUGUCCAAAGAAAAUCUGCUGGCCCAAGAAGAUGCUGACCCACACCUUUUUGUGGCCCUUUAUGACUUUCAGUCAGGUGGCGAAAACCAGCUUUCUCUCAAAAAAGGAGAGCAGGUGAAAGUGGUGUCAUACAACCGGACGGGCGAGUGGUGUGAGGCGCAAGGCCGCUCAGGGCAGGUGGGCUGGGUACCAUCCAACUAUGUGACACCAGUCAACAGCUUAGAGAAGCAUUCCUGGUACCAUGGGCCCAUCGCACGUAAUGCAGCCGAGUACCUGCUCAGCAGUGGCAUCAAUGGCAGCUUUCUGGUGCGCGAGUCCGAGUCCAGCCCUGGCCAGCGUUCUAUUUCCUUGCGCUGUGAAGGGCGAGUCUACCACUACCGCAUCAACGAGGACUCUGAGGGGAAGGUGUAUGUCACAUCAGACUGGCGAUUCAACACCCUGGCUGAGUUGGUGCACCAUCAUUCACUGCAUGCUGAUGGCCUUAUUACUCAGCUGCUGUACCCGGCACCUAAGCGCAACAAGCCAGCAGUGUUUGCGCUCAGUCCAGAGCCAGAUGAAUGGGAGAUUGACAGAACCGACAUAGUCAUGAAGCAUAGGCUAGGUGGUGGUCAAUAUGGGGAUGUGUAUGAAGCUCUCUGGAAGCGUUACAACCUUACAGUGGCGGUUAAGACACUCAAGGAGGACACCAUGGCUCUCAAGGACUUCCUGGAAGAAGCGGCCAUCAUGAAAGAAAUGAAGCACCCUAAUCUUGUACAACUGAUUGGGGUGUGCACACGAGAGCCACCCUUCUACAUCAUCACAGAGUUCAUGGCCCAUGGGAACCUCUUGGAGUACCUACGCAACUGCUCACGAGAAGAAAUUACAGCUGUAGUGCUAAUGUACAUGGCAACUCAAAUUGCUUCUGCUAUGUCUUACCUGGAAGCCCGAAGCUUCAUUCAUCGGGAUUUGGCAGCACGUAACUGCCUUGUAGGAGACUGUCACCUUGUGAAAGUUGCUGAUUUUGGCCUUGCCCGGCUGAUGAGAGAUGACACAUACACCGCUCAUGCAGGCGCUAAAUUUCCUAUCAAGUGGACUGCCCCUGAAGGCCUUGCCUACAACAAAUUUUCUACUAAGUCAGACGUUUGGGCUUUUGGCAUCCUGCUGUGGGAGAUCGCUACUUACGGAAUGUCGCCCUAUCCCGGUGUGGACCUAACAGAUGUUUACCACAUGCUUGAGUCUGGCUAUAGAAUGGAGUGUCCUCCUGGUUGCCCAGCCAGAGUGUAUGAGCUCAUGCGUCAAUGCUGGCAAUGGGAGACCACGGACCGUCCAACAUUCCAGGAAAUACACAACACAUUAGAAAACAUGUUCCAGAAUUCAAGCAUUACUGAAGAGGUGGAGCGACAGCUGGAAAAGCAGUCACCAGCUAUGGCAUACAAAAAGCAUCCAGGGAGCUCACCAACAAUUGGAACCAUGACUGAUGAUGAUCAAGAAAACAAAGCGCCAGAAAUAAGUAACCAGGCUGUGGUGCCAAGCAAGCCAAGCCAAGGCCUGCUGCAGGUGAAAUCGAGCACAGUACAACUGCGCCGGCCGGGUCCUCGCAGCAAGCAAGCCCCUGUUCCUCCAAAACGCACCAGCUCAUUUCGUGACAGCACCUACCAAGACCGCAAUCCUGAUGAUGAAGAUGGGGAUGAUGAAGAACUUAACAAUGGAGGCCUGGAGCGGGUGUUUGAAACAGCAGGUGACUGCAGUGGGCCUGAGGCGAAACACUCAACACCUGACACGGAGGAGUCUGAGCUGCAUUCUACAACAAGUGUGCCAGACGUCUCCCAGCAGCUGCUCAACAGCAAGCCACAAAAGCUGAGGAAAGCACGCACUUAUCCUCCCAACUUGCAGCCACAGAGGACUGGGAAAGAUGCAAAUGUUGCCUUGUCUACGAAGCAGGCCAAAAAGGUCCAAGUGGCAGCCUUGGAAGUGCAGAAUGUAAAGCGUGCCAUCAAUAGGUAUGGAACAUUGCCUAAGGGAGCCCGUAUUGGUGCCUAUCUAGAAUCAUUAAGACAGCACGGAUUGCACACUGGGACAUCCUACCAAGAGCCUGUUGUAGAGGAUGGACAUGUUCACUACCAGAUGGGAAAUGUGCUUUCUGUUGGUACAGGAGCUCGGAUGACUGCCGGGGCUGAUUACGGUCACGCACGUUGCAAGGUUGGAGAGGUCACACCACCACAUGCAAUAUUGCAGCGCCAAAAGUCUGACUUGACACACACUAAAGUGAGUGAUGCUUUUGAGACUGGUUCUAUUCCUGAGACAAGGAGGCCAGGGACCAAGCAAGGGCCAUCUCCCAGGCUAGCAAGGCAUCACAGGUUUGAUGGCAAGUCUACAACACCUGGACGGGAUGUGCCUAAUGAUGGCUUACAAGAUGUAGUAAGUGAGAGUGAGGCUCAGGUGGGAGUCACACAAAAAAGGGAGUCAUUUGAAUCCCUUGCCUUGCAGUCACAGGAUGGAAAAGUCGCACCAGCAACAGUGUCACCAGUUGCACUCUUUGGAUCAUCUGUUGUGCGCAGAACUCUCAAGCGUCGACCAAAGGACCGACCGCCUAGCCCUCCAAAGCACCCCCUUGUGAAGAGCGGCUCUGUUGAUGACCAGCUGAGCCGUCACUCGGGAAACUCUAAUGCUGCUACAAAAGCAGCUUCAGACAGUAACCAGAGCCCUGUGAUGCCAGAAGCUCCUGAUGGCAGCCCUAUUUCUUACAGUGAUGAAGGGUUCCCUCCGCCACCAGAGUUCAGUAAUCCUGACCAGCAGACCCUUGAGUGCCAGGAUGUUCACUCUUCACCAUUAGCAGAAAUAUCAGCAAGGAACUCUGCUGCGCAGGUGGUAUCAGAGCUGUUUGAGAACCUUAAGAUGAAGGCUCGUCGAAAAGCUGCGGAAACGGGAGAAGCAUGUGCUCAAACAACUGGAGAUUCCUGCCGUGGAGUGAGCCCUGUUGAAAAGAAUGCUACCGAUGUACUAGCUAAAGCUGCCGCUCCCCAGAAAAAAGCUUCUGUAGAGGACAGCAAAAAGCGGGAGUCAGAGCGAUUGCAAUCGCCUACACAGCCUCUAGAGUUGUCAGCACAAGGAGAAGAAGAGAAGCGGCAAAGCUCUGGAAGCAUUAGCAGCUUGAAGAAGCUUUGGGAGAAAGAGACUGGCGGUGGCAAAGUGAGCCCUAAGAUUGGUGCCAAGCGGCCAGAGUCAUUACGCCUAUCAAAAAAUGAUGGGGGAGAAAGCAAAAAAGCAAGCCCUCCGUCGCCACCAACAGUUACUGCCCCACCAAGAACACCAGAUGAUGCUCCCGACCCCCAGCAGCAACAGCAGCAACAAUUUACGUCAAAGCCUGUUGUUCCGACAAAGCCUGCCCUUAAGCCAGCCCCCAAGCUCUCCUGCAGCACAACCAACAAGUUUCUAAAGUCGUCUUCAUCAUCAGGCGCACCCAGCAGUCAGCCUAAACCCCCUGUGGUGCCCCGCAAUCAGCCGAGCACCUCUCCUCAGUCCAAGAAAGGUGCACAAAAGGAUGAGGACCGGUUGGCCGACAGCAAGAGCUCCAUCCUGGAGAUCUCAAGUGCACUGGAGAGUGGCAUUGUGGCACUUAAGGCGGCUGUGCCAGGCUCCCUGAGCAGUGUCAGCGUAAUGCAACUGUCUGACAAGGUGCAGCUCUUGUGUUCCUCCUGCAGCAGCUAUGCCGAGAGUGUGCCGCCGCAUGGCCGUUUCCGUUUCCGGGAGCUGUUGUCACGCCUUGAAACACAGGGCGACCAGCUGCGGACAUGCUCCAGCAACAACAGCGCUGCCAGUGCCAAGCUGUUCACGGACCUGCACAACACAGUCAGGGAUCUGGUGAAUGUGGUGCAGCGGUGAGCUUUUGCUCGAAGCCUCUGUACAUACUCUGUUUCACUGCAACUGUGAUUACACUUCACGAUGCUCCUCCGUUUUUUUUUUUUUUUUAAUCAUUCUAGUCCCUUUUAGAGACCAUGUGUGUGAGGGUGCUCACCUGCAUUCAAGCUCAUCACGAGAACCAUUGUCAGACUCCCGUGUUUGUCAGGUGACGGAAGAUUGCUGAAUGUCCUUUGUAGACGGAGUGAAAAAUAACUCGAGUGAAAAAUAACUGUUCUGGUCUUUUAUCAUCGGGUAAUCAUAGUAACUGUAAUGCUGAUGGUAUUUAUAUCACUUUUUAGGAUGCUGCAACUUUUUUUUUAAUGAACUUGUCAGACCAAAGCCUAUGACUUCAAUGCUUUUAUUGAAAUAGCUUGUCUGUCAUAUUUUAAUUGACUUCAAACUUCGAUGAAUGGACUUAGUUUUGCGUGUGUGGUGAUUGUGCAAUUUUCUAUGCAUCUGUAAAUUUUUUGAGUAUGGUUACUGUAACAGAAGCAGACAUACCUUUUAAAUUAUUCAAAAUAAAAUAGUAAAAAAAAGUUUG